CAGGUAAAAAAGCCUGUAAUCAGUCGUGGCCCAUAAAUCACAUCCUGCACAAAGAGUGGCCCGAGUCGUUGGGCAACUCAAAACUCGGUAUAAAAACCUGAGCAAGUCCAGGCUCUCCCAGCCAUUUCUCUUCCCUCCUUUGCCGUCGUGAAUCAGAAUUUUCUCCGGCCCCACAGCCAUGUCCUGCUACGACCUCUGCGCCCCCACGUCCUGCGGCCCCACCCCGCUGGCCAACAGCUGCAACGAGCCCUGUGUCCGGCAGUGCCAGGACUCCACCGUGGUCAUCCAGCCCUCGCCCGUGGUGGUCACCCUGCCCGGGCCCAUCCUCAGCUCCUUCCCCCAGAACACCACCGUGGGAUCCUCGGCCUCUGCCGCUGUCGGGAGCGUUCUGAGCGCCGGGGGGGUCCCCAUCAGCUCGGGCAGCUCCUUGGGUUUGGGGGGUUUGGGCUACCCAGGGCUGGGCAGUGGCUACAGCCGGCCCUACCGGCGCUACAACCCCUCCCGUGGAGGCUUCUACGGGCCCUGCUAAGGCCGAGGGGAAAGCAGAGGAGGGAGGAUGAGCCCUGACCCGUCCCUGCAGCAGGACUGAGCUCACGAUUCUCGGAUUCCACGGGAGACACCCCCAGCACGGAGUUAACGGAGCUGUGGGAGUUUGGCAUCUCCCCAAACCAGGCUUUUGCUCGUCCUGUGUUGUGCUUUACUCUGUAUUUCUCAUCAAACAUCUUGUCCUGCCUUUUCGUUUGUUUGGGGUUUUUUUUUGUAUUUGUAUUUGAUAACAGGCAAAAUGUUAAUUGUUAGCAGUCGUUCUGCGUGGCUGGAUUAGCACAGCUCGUUCACCAAUGAAGAGGGAAGAUCUUCACUUGCCGAAUGUGUCGCUGCCAGGGGGAUGAGUGGGUUCUGUCCUUACCGGACCAUGGAAAUGUAUUCCUGACUUUUACACUGCUUCCUUCCCUUCCUCAACCCAUUAAAUUCGUGCUGCAUCA